AGUUUGGAGCCCGGAAUCCGGAAGCAGGCGGUGAGGGAGCUCUGGGAGUGGGGAGAGUAGGCAGCGGGGAGCUUCCAGAGCCCGGAGCAUCGGAUGCGAGGAGAGUCCCGAGCCAGGAGCGCCAGGAGCAGCGAGUGUCGGGAGUGGGCCAUAUCCCCUGGCAGGAUGACUGUGAGGAUCUUUGCAAAUUGUAACUUCUGUUUGAAAGUCAAGCACUUAGCUCGUCAACAGAAGAAAAAGCUACAAAAUGACAUUAAGGAGAAUGGUGGAAAUUUUUCCUUUUUAUUAAAUCCUCAGUGCACACAUAUAAUCUUAGACAAUGCUGAUGUUCUGAGCCAGUAUCAACUGAAGUCUAUCCAAAAGAACCAUAUCCAUAUUAUAAACCCAGAUUUUAUAUGGGACUCUAUCAAAGAAAGGAGGCUUUUGGACGUAAUGAAUUAUGAUCCUAAUAAGGCACUGGACAUCACACCACCUCCUUGUCAUAAGGCAAGCAGUUCUGAAGUGACAACAGAUGAUCCGUACCUGGACAAUUCCAUGGAGAAGGAAAACAUUUUGGAAUUCACAGAUUUCAGGUUUCGUAAACAGAAUGUUGAAAUUCCUCAUUUUCCACAAGACUUUGAAGUUGCAAAAUACAACACCUUGGAAAAAAUCGGGGCAGAGGGAGGAAAGGAGGUGGCAGUGGUAGAGCUACAGAGCUCCCAGGACCCCAGGGAUCCUGCCUUUCUCAUAUCUGCACACUUCCUCUUGGCCAAUGGCCUCAAGACUAGAAAGUUCUCUGUAAAGAAAACUUCUGCAGAUGCAAGUGAAUACUAUGAAAAUUACAUUGAAGAGCUGAAGAAACAAGGAUUUCUGCUAAGAGAACAUUUUACACCUGAAGCAACCCAGUUAGCAUCUGAAAAACUGCAAGCAUUGCUUUUGGAGGAGGUAAUAAAUUCAAGCACUCUGAGCAAAGAAGUGAGCGAUUUGGUGGAAAUGGUUUGGGCGGAAGCUUUCGGCCACCUGGAGCACAUGCUUCUCAAGCCUGUGAACAGGAUUAGUCUCAAUGAUGUGAGCAAGGCAGAGGGAGUUCUCCUUCUAGUAAAGGCUGCAUUGAAAAAUGGAGAAACAGAAGAACAACUGCAAAAAAUGAUGACUGAGUUCUACAGAUUAAUACCUCACAAAGGCACAACAACUGAAAAAGUGAACCUGAGACUAUUAGCUAAGAAAGAGGACCUCUGCCAGCUAAUAAGAGACAUGGUUAAUAUCUGUGAAACUAAUUUGUUCAAACCCAACCCACCAUCUCUUGCCAAAUACCGAGCUUUGAGAUGCAAAAUUGAGCAUGUUGAACAGAACACUGAAGAAUUUUUCAGAGUUAAAGAAGAGGUUUUACAGAAUAAUUAUAGCAAAGGUCCAGUGGAUAUCUUGCAGAUAUUUAGAGUUGGCAGAGUGAAUGAAGCCACAGAGUUUUUGAACAAACUUGGCAAUGUGAAGUCCUUACUGCAUGGAUCGCCUGUACAAAGCUUUGUUGGGAUCCUGUCCCGUGGGCUGCUUUUACCGAAAGUAGUUGAAGAUCGUGGCACAAAGAGAACAGACUUUGGAAAUCUUGGGAGUGGAAUAUAUUUCAGUGAUUCAAUCAGCACGAGUACUAAGUACUCCCACUCAGGAGAGACAGAUGGCACAAGGCUCUUGGUUGUCUGUGAUGUAGCCCUUGGGAAGUGCAUGGACUUGAACAAAAAAGACUUCUCCUUGUCGGAAGCACCACCAGGUUAUGACAGUGUCCAUGGGAUGCGAGCAACAGCCACUGUCACCACAGACUUUGAGGAUGAUGAAUUUGUUGUAUAUAAAACCAAUCAGAUUAAAAUGAAAUAUAUUAUUAAAUUUUGUAUAUUUGGAGAUGAAAUAAAGGGCUUUCAUCCUUGUAACACUACUGAAUUAGAGGAAUACAGACCUGAGUUUUCAAAUUUUUCAAAUGUUGAAGAUUAUCAGUUAGCAGACACCAAACCUUCCAGCAACAUCAAGUCCGGUCUGCAGGAUGUCUCUGGCAAUUCAGUUCCCCUUGAGGAUGUUCACAUCAAGGGGAAGAUAAUAGACUUCGUAGCCCAGGUCAUUGUUUUUCAGACAUAUACCAAUCAAAGUUCUGUGCCUAUUGAGGCAAGAUAUAUUUUUCCUUUGAAUGAGAAGGCAGCUGUGUGUGGCUUUGAAGCAUUCAUCAAUGGGAAGCACAUAGUAGGAGAGGUUAAAGAGAAGGGAGCCGCCCACCGUGAAUACCGAGAAGCCAUCGCUCAGGGCCAUGGGGCGUACUUGAUGGAUCAGGAUGCACCCGAUGUUUUUACUGUUAGUGUUGGAAAUCUACCCCCUAAGGCUAAGGUCCUUAUCAAAGUUACCUACAUCACGGAACUCAGCAUCCAAGGCAACAGGGCUGUCUUCUUCAUGCCUGCUGCUGUGGCACCCUGGCAACAGGACAAAGUUUUGAAUGAAAACAUUCAGGAUACAGUAGAGAAGAUUUAUAUAGAGAAAAUAGGAACAAAACAAAGCUUCUCUUUGACUAUGUCCAUUGAGAUGCCAUAUGUGAUUGAAUCCAUUUCUAGUGAUACACAUAAACUGAGACAAAAGCGCACAGACUGCAAAGCUGUAAUUAGCACCAUGGAAGGUAGCUCCUUAGACAUUGAUGGAUUCUCUCUUCACGUUGGUUUGUCUGAUGCAUAUCUCCCAAGAAUGUGGGUUGAAAAACAUCCAGAAAAAGAAAGCGAGGCCUGCAUGCUUGUUUUUCAACCAGAUCUCAGUAUCAUAGUCCCUGACCUAGCUGAAAACAGUGAAGUGAUUAUUUGUCUUGAUUGCUCCAAUUCCAUGGAAGGUGCAACAUUCUUGCAUGCCAAGCAAAUUGCCUUAUAUGCACUGUCCUUGAUGGGUAAGAAGCAAAAGAUAAACAUUGUCAAGUUUGGCACAGGUUACAAGGAAUUAUUUUCAUAUCCUAAGUCCAUCACAAGCAAUAAUAUGCCAACAGAGUUCAUUAUGUCUGCUACACCUACCAUGGGAAAUACGGACUUCUGGAAAACACUCCGAUAUUUAAAUCUAUUGUACCCUUCUCAAGGCUUACGGAGCAUUCUCCUUAUAUCGGAUGGACACCUCCAGAAUGAGAGUCUGACAUUGCAGCUUGUGAAAAGAAAUGUCCAGCACACGAGGCUGUUCUCCUGCGGUAUCGGUUCUACAGCAAAUCGCCAUAUCUUAAGGACUUUGUCCCAGUACGGUGCUGGAGUAUUUGAGUAUUUUAACAAAAAAUCCAAACAUAGUUGGAAAAAACAGAUAGAAGACCAAAUGGCUAGGUUACAUUCUCCAAGUUGUCACUCUGUCUCCAUCAAAUGGCAGCAGCUAAGUACAGAUGCGCCUGAGCCUCUGCAGGCUCCAGCCCAGGUGCAGUCCUUGUUCCACAAUGAGCGACUCCUUGUCUAUGGAUUUAUUCCUCAUUGUACACAGGCAGCUCUAUGUGCAUUGAUUCAAGAGAAAGAAUUUUCUACAAUAGUAUCAACUAGUGAACUUCAGAAGACAACUGGAACUAUGAUCCACAAGCUGACAGCACGAGCUCUGAUCCGAGAUUAUGAAGACGGCAUUCUCCACGAAAAUGAAACGAACCAUGAGAUGAAGAAGCAAAUCUUAAAAUCUCUGAUUAUUAAACUCAGUAAAGAAAACUGUCUCAUAACGCAGUUUACAAGCUUUGUUGCAGUUGAGAAGAGGGAUGGUAAGGAGUUACCUUCUCCUAAUAUUCCUAAUAUUUGGGAACUUAUUGCCAAAGAAGAUGUUGAUUUUCUACCAUACAUGAGCUGGCAGGAGGAGCAACCAGAUACCAGUGCGGCACAGCCUCUUUUAGCAUUCUUUGAAUGGAAUGAAGAAUUGCAACAACCACAUUUGACUAACAGAAAGUUUAGAUCAUAUCACCUGGAAGAUUCUGAAGAUUCUGAAGAUUUUGAAGAUAGUUCCCAACUAUCAGAAAAACCUUUAACACUCAAUUUUGAAUGUGAAGAUGUGGAAAAGCCAUUGGAUUUAAGUCAGAUGGAUUCAUUUCAACAACCGCUAUGUAGAGAUACCCCUUUCCCAAAACUGGUUAGUUGCAGUAUUUCUGCUGCCCAUGGUUCAGCCCUUUUGGGAGAUGAGCCCUUUGAAGGUGCUUGUUUCCUCCAUCAUCCCCGCUUACAUCCUAAGACGUUUGCUAGGAGUCUCAAAGAGUUUGGUCCAUCUAAGAAUGACCAAGACCUUCAAGCUGACCAUUUGGGUGACAUUACCCCUGCGUCAUAUACCCCUUACAGACUGCCUCCCCCACAUCUUAAAUCCUUUGCUUUUUGUGCUCGUGAAGGUGUCUCAUUUAACUCCAGUGAUGUUAAUCUACCUGAAACUUAUCAAGGCCAUAAGACCCACAAUUCUGCUGAUAUUUUCUCUGAGUUGGACUCUCCUCUGCAGCCGAAUAUUCAUUUGCCUCCUCGUAGACUUAAUUCUGCUGGUCCAUCCAGAGGGUUUGCAGCUCAUUCCCUUUCUUGUUCUCCUCUUUAUUUUCAAAAUUCUGCAGUUCCUUUCAGCGCCAGUUACAAGCCACCAGCAUAUCUGUUUGCUAACACUGAAUCGGAGGCUUCUUUCUGUACAGCUCUUUCUGCCGGAACUUCAUUAUCUGCUUCAAGUAAUGGAAGUUUUUCUGAAACAGAAAAUAAUGGAACACCAGAAUUUCUGGCAAAUUAUUUUCUUCAAGAAGUGACAAUAUCUGAAAAAAAAAAAAAGAAAAAGAAAAAAGAAGUGACAAUAUCUGAUAUAACAGGAAGUGAUUUUACUGCAAGCUUCCAGGCACGAAAAUAUGAACAGAGCUGGAUGAAUACUGUGCCUUGGACUGAACUCUUCAGUCUACAAACUGAGGAUGGCUUCUGGAAACUUACACCAGAACUGGGAUUUAUAUUAAACCUUAAUACAAUUAUUUUAAGCAGCUUUCUUGAACAAAAAGGCAUUUGCUCUCUGGGAAUAAAAGGAAGAGAGCGUCUCCUGGAGCUGAUUGCCACAUUUCUGGUACUACAAUUUCUUCAAACCAAGUUGGAACAAAAAGGCAUAGUCUUCAAAUCACUAAUGAAAUUGGAUGAUGCUUCCAUUUCCAGGAAUAUUCCCUGGGCUUUUGAAGAAAUAAGGAAAGCAAGUAAAUGGGUAAGAAGAACUGAAGGACAAUAUCCAUCUAUCUGCCAACGGCUUGAAUUGGGUCAAGACUGGGACUCUGCCACUAAACAGCUACUGGGGAUCCAAACGUAAACACACCUCCUCUUCACAGAGUUCUUAAUUACAGUCAAGCUGAAUCAACUGAAGUUGUAUUUUAAACACUUUUCAUGCUUCCAUGUAUAAAAUAGUAAGAUAUCAAUAGAUCCCCAUAAUGAAGUUUAAUUAUGAUUUCAUUCAGUUUAGCACUCGCUUAUAAUAAUGAGAAACAGAAUUGAUUAUUUUAAUGAACUAGCAAGUGGUAACAAAAUAUUGCAUAUUACAGAUUUGGGUUUAAAUGUUUUGAGGUGAUAAGAGACACAUCUGGCUGGUCCUAGAGCCUCAUUUCCUUCUCCCCUUUAAGGACUCUAGUGGAGAACUGGGCCCAGCUGGACUUAGUAAGCUGGGGAGAAACAAGAUCUUUGGAAGAUGUCAGUGUUCAUGGCAUGCAAGCCUGUUUCCAGGGCCCUCUGUAUCCAGAACUUUGCCUCAUUUAUGCAUGCUCCCUGGUGUGGUUCCUAGUCUAUAGAUCCCUUGAUACAUUUUUUGUCACUUAGAGACUAGGUAUCCCAAGCAAGUCUUUCAUGGACCUUGCUUUUGGUGUUGCCUCUAAAAUCCUUAAGUCAUUUAGGUUUCUUCCUAUGUUAUCUUACAGAAGUUUUAUAAAUUUUGCACUUUACAUUUUGGUCUGUGAUCCAUUUUGAGUUAUUUUUUAUGAAAGCUGUAAGGUCACUGUCUACCUUCCUCCACAUUACCACUUCUAGCCCAUUACCUCUCUACCUUUAUAUAAAAACCUUGGUUUCUUUGUUUUUGUUUUCACUUUUUU